AUGUUCAGAAACGCUCUGCGGUCGUCCAGCCGCUCUGUCGCGGCCGUUUCGGCCCCUGGCCGCAUCGCCUCGGUCCGCGCCGCUGCUGCCGGUCCUCUCAACGGCGUCCGCUCUUACGCUUCCGAGGCCAAGGCCCAGCCCACUGAGGUCUCUUCCAUUCUUGAGCAGCGCAUCCGUGGUGUCUCUGAGGAGGCUGGUCUCGCUGAGACCGGUCGUGUCCUGUCGGUCGGUGAUGGUAUCGCUCGUGUCCACGGCAUGACCAACGUCCAGGCUGAGGAGCUGGUCGAGUUCGCCUCCGGUGUCAAGGGUAUGUGUAUGAACUUGGAGGCCGGCCAGGUCGGUGUCGUCCUGUUCGGUUCCGACCGUCUCGUCAAGGAGGGUGAGACUGUCAAGCGUACCGGCGAGAUUGUCGAUGUCCCCGUCGGCCCUGAGCUGCUCGGCCGUGUCGUCGACGCUCUUGGUAACCCCAUUGACGGCAAGGGUCCCCUUCAGACCAAGGAGAAGCGCCGUGCUCAGCUCAAGGCCCCCGGCAUUCUGCCCCGUCAGUCCGUCAACCAGCCCGUGCAGACUGGCAUGAAGAGUGUCGACUCCAUGGUGCCCAUUGGCCGUGGUCAGCGUGAGUUGAUCAUUGGUGACCGUCAGACCGGUAAGACCGCUGUCGCUCUCGACACCAUGCUCAACCAGAAGCGUUGGAACACCACCGGCACUGAUGCCGAGAAGCUCUUCUGUAUCUACGUUGCUGUCGGUCAGAAGCGUUCCACCGUCGCUCAGCUCGUCAAGACCCUUGAGGAGCAGGAUGCCAUGAAGUACUCCAUCGUCGUUGCUGCCACCGCCUCCGAGGCCGCCCCCUGCAGUACAUCGCUCCCUUCACCGGUUGUGCCAUGGCAGGCCGUUGCCUACCGUCAGAUGUCCCUGCUCCUCCGUCGUCCCCCUGGACGUGAGGCCUACCCCGGUGACGUUUUCUACCUCCACUCUCGUCUCCUCGAGCGUGCCGCCAAGAUGAACAAGACCCACGGUGCUGGUUCCCUGACUGCCCUCCCCAUCAUUGAGACCCAGGGUGGUGACGUGUCUGCCUACAUUCCCACCAACGUCAUUUCUAUCACUGACGGCCAGAUCUUCUUGGAGGCUGAGUUGUUCUACAAGGGUAUCCGUCCCGCCAUUAACGUCGGUCUCUCCGUCUCCCGUGUCGGUUCCGCCGCCCAGGUCAAGGCCAUGAAGCAGGUCGCCGGUUCCCUGAAGCUGUUCUUGGCUCAGUACCGUGAGGUCGCUGCCUUCGCCCAGUUCGGUUCCGACCUUGACGCCUCCACCAAGCAGACCCUUGCCCGUGGUGAGCGUCUCACCGAGCUCCUCAAGCAGAAGCAGUACUCCCCCAUGGCCGUUUCCGACAUGGUUCCCCUGAUCUUCGCUGGUGUCAACGGUCUCCUCGACACCAUCCCCGUCAACAAGAUCCUCACCUGGGAGGCUGAGCUCCUGUCUCACCUCAAGAGCUCUCACCCCGAGGUCCAGCAGACCAUCGAGAAGGAGGGCCAGGUCAGCAAGGAGUCCGAGGCCAAGCUCAAGGAGGUUAUCUCCGCCUUCAACUCUACCUUCAACGCAUAA